CUCUCUGCGACCAGAUCGACGGCCACCGGACCCACAUCGCUCUUCCCCUCGACCCACCGGCAGAUCGACGCGGGCCGCGAACCUCAUCGUCGGCGGCUCAUCCUACUCGACGGUCAUCCAUGUCUACCAUGAAGGGACAGACCAGGAGGGAGAGGCCCAGAGCUCGCCCCCAUGGCCUCACGCAACAGAAGAGGCAGGAGAUCAAAGAAGCGUUUGAUCUUUUCGACACGGAUAACUCUGGAACCAUUGACGCCAAAGAGUUGAAUGUUGCCAUGAGAGCCUUGGGAUUUGAGAUGACAGAAGAGCAAAUCAACCAGAUGAUUGCUGAUGUAGACAAAGAUGGCAGUGGAUCAAUAGACUAUGAGGAGUUUGAGCACAUGAUGACUGCCAAGAUUGGAGAGAGAGAUACUAAAGAAGAGCUUACAAAAGCAUUCCGGAUUAUUGACCAAGAUAAAAAUGGGAAGAUUUCCGAUGUUGACAUUCAGCGUAUCGCCAAGGAGCUGGGUGAAAACUUCACCCUCCAAGAGAUCCAAGAAAUGGUACAGGAGGCAGAUCAAAAUGGUGACGGUGAGAUAGACUUUGGUGAGUUUGCGAGGAUGAUGAAGAAGACCAGCUAUGGUUACUAGACGGGGAAUGCCAUCUGCGUGUGUCUGAUGGUUGUGUAGCUGUUCAAUAACCACAGUGUGUGUUUGUCUAAUGCACUUACUGAUGUAUGUAUUUACUCCGAACGAUCCUGUCAAACUUUGUACUUAACUAUGCUGAGAUGUUGUGCACUUGUGGUAUCUGUC